AUGGACCGGAAAAGAGGGCAUGAGUCUUCUCCUGGGAAAGCAGAGACAGGUAAGGCUAACGCGUCACACAAGCACAACACGACCGACUUUAUGCGGGGCCGCGCCGAGACGAUGCCGAUGUUUAUGCUAGAAAAUGACGAAAGCUGUGAUCGUAUAGAUCUAAAUGACCAGGCCGCUGCGUGGGAGCAGCUAGAACCAGCGUAG